UCAGAUUCCAAUUCAGUGUGGUGAAGAGCGAACGGGAGUGCGGACGGUACGGACGCGAAAUCUAUUUAGGCGGGCCGCAAAGCAAACGCUCGAAAAACGCAAAAUUUGUCGAUUGUCCGUUCCGCUUUUUUCUUGUGUCUGUGCUUUGCGUCGCGUGCCUGCGUGUACGUGUAAGUGUGCGUGCGCCUGUGUUUGUUUUUUGUUAUUUUUUUAUAACCAACGACAACAACAGAAGAGAAGUAAAUGAAAUACACAAAUUAACGGUGUAUAUAUUUAAAUGUUUUAGUUUUUUUUGGUGGCGUGCCGAAUGAGCAAAAUUUGAGAAAAACGCAGUGGAAAACAUCACAAAAAAAAAAAAACAAACAUACAAAAAUAUGUUAUAAUCAAUUCAAAUUAAACCAACAAACUGCAAGCAAUUGGAUUCAGGAUAAAAAUAUACAAAAUUUCACCAAACUGACGGGAAAACUGUGAAAACAAUGCAUUUAAUCAAAGUAAAGACUAAACUCGCGCUGAAAAUGCCCGAAUUCGAAAGAAACUAGCGAAAAGCCCAAUUCAAAAAUCGCACAAUAAAUUGCAAAGUCCGCAGCAACAACAACCAUAGGAACAAAAAAAAUAAAAUAAGACAAGAAGCAGGCAACAAAAGAGAGCCAGGAGGAGAGGAACACAAACAACGAAAACAGCAAAACGACGGCCCCAAAAUGUUGUACCAGCUAAGUAAAGCCACUACUAGAAUCCGGCUCAAAAGGCAAAAAGCCGUUCCACAACAUCGCUGGCUCUGGAGUUUAGCAUUUCUGGCAGCAUUUACACUAAAGGACGUUCGAUGUGCAGAUCUAGCCAUAAGUAUACCCAAUAAUCCCGGCCUGGACGAUGGGGCCUCCUAUCGACUGGACUAUAGUCCGCCCUUCGGCUAUCCGGAGCCCAACACGACGAUUGCCUCGCGGGAAAUCGGCGAUGAGAUUCAGUUCUCACGCGCCCUACCGGGCACCAAAUACAACUUUUGGCUGUACUACACGAAUUUCACGCACCACGAUUGGCUCACCUGGACGGUGACGAUAACAACAGCACCCGAUCCGCCAUCGAAUCUGUCCGUUCAGGUGAGGAGCGGCAAGAAUGCCAUCAUCCUGUGGUCCCCGCCCACCCAGGGCAGCUAUACGGCCUUCAAGAUCAAGGUGCUCGGACUGUCGGAGGCGUCGAGCAGCUACAACCGCACCUUCCAGGUGAACGACAACACAUUCCAGCACAGCGUCAAGGAGCUGACACCGGGAGCCACCUACCAGGUGCAGGCCUAUACGAUCUACGAUGGCAAGGAGUCGGUGGCCUACACCAGUCGCAACUUCACCACAAGUCGAAGGACGCGGCAUAAAGAAUUGCUGGACAUUAAGAUCCUAAGAGAGCCCAACACUCCAGGGAAAUUCAUCGUCUGGUUCCGUAAUGAGACGACACUGCUGGUCCUGUGGCAGCCGCCGUAUCCGGCGGGCAUCUACACGCACUACAAGGUAUCCAUCGAGCCGCCGGAUGCCAACGAUAGUGUGCUCUAUGUGGAGAAGGAGGGCGAACCGCCCGGACCGGCGCAGGCUGCCUUCAAGGGUCUGGUGCCCGGUAGGGCGUACAACAUAUCCGUGCAGACGAUGUCCGAGGAUGAGAUCUCAUUGCCGACGACGGCGCAAUAUCGAACGGUGCCGUUGCGUCCGCUGAACGUGACCUUUGACCGCGACUUCAUUACCUCCAAUUCGUUCCGGGUGCUGUGGGAGGCGCCCAAGGGCAUCUCCGAAUUUGACAAAUACCAGGUUUCGGUGGCCACAACACGACGCCAAUCCACGGUGCCGCGCAGCAACGAACCGGUGGCAUUCUUCGAUUUUCGCGACAUCGCCGAACCGGGCAAGACGUUCAAUGUGAUCGUGAAGACCGUAUCCGGCAAGGUCACCUCGUGGCCAGCCACCGGGGAUGUGACACUGCGACCUCUGCCCGUACGCAAUUUGCGGAGCAUCAACGAUGACAAGACGAAUACCAUGAUCAUUACGUGGGAGGCGGAUCCGGCCAGCACGCAGGAUGAGUACCGCAUUGUAUACCACGAACUGGAGACAUUUAAUGGGGACACCAGUACCCUGACCACGGAUCGGACUCGAUUCACCCUGGAGAGCCUGCUACCCGGCCGCAACUACUCAUUGUCCGUCCAGGCGGUAUCCAAGAAGAUGGAAUCGAAUGAGACUAGCAUCUUUGUGGUCACCCGACCCUCGUCGCCCAUCAUCGAGGACUUGAAGAGCAUCCGGAUGGGCCUGAACAUCAGUUGGAAGAGCGAUGUCAACUCCAAGCAGGAGCAGUACGAGGUGCUGUACUCCCGCAACGGAACCAGCGACUUGCGCACCCAAAAGACCAAGGAGUCGCGCCUGGUGAUCAAGAAUCUGCAGCCGGGUGCUGGCUAUGAACUCAAGGUGUUUGCAGUCAGUCACGAUCUGCGAAGCGAACCACAUGCCUAUUUCCAAGCAGUUUAUCCCAAUCCACCACGCAACAUGACCAUCGAGACGGUGAGGAGCAACUCGGUGCUGGUCCACUGGUCACCGCCGGAAAGCGGUGAAUUUACCGAGUACUCCAUACGCUAUCGCACGGACAGCGAACAGCAGUGGGUGCGCCUGCCCAGCGUUCGGUCCACGGAGGCGGAUAUCACCGACAUGACCAAGGGCGAAAAGUACACCAUUCAGGUGAACACGGUCAGCUUUGGCGUGGAGAGUCCAGUGCCGCAGGAGGUGAACACCACAGUGCCGCCGAAUCCGGUGUCCAAUAUCAUUCAAUUGGUGGACUCACGUAACAUCACUUUGGAGUGGCCCAAGCCAGAGGGUCGCGUGGAAUCGUACAUUCUUAAGUGGUGGCCCAGCGAUAAUCCCGGUCGUGUCCAGACCAAGAACGUCUCCGAGAACAAGUCGGCCGACGAUUUGUCGACAGUGCGUGUCCUCAUCGGCGAACUGAUGCCCGGCGUGCAGUACAAGUUUGACAUCCAGACGACGUCUUAUGGAAUCCUGUCGGGCAUCACCAGUCUGUAUCCGCGCACUAUGCCGCUCAUCCAGUCGGACGUGGUGGUGGCCAAUGGCGAGAAGGAGGACGAGCGGGACACCAUCACUCUGAGCUACACACCCACGCCGCAGUCGUCGUCCAAGUUCGAUAUCUAUCGGUUCUCCCUCGGCGAUGCCGAGAUCCGGGACAAGGAGAAGCUGGCCAACGAUACGGAUCGCAAGGUGACGUUUACGGGUCUGGUGCCUGGUCGACUGUACAACAUCACAGUUUGGACUGUGAGCGGUGGUGUGGCCAGUUUGCCCAUACAACGACAGGAUCGCCUCUAUCCGGAACCCAUCACUCAGCUGCAUGCCACCAACAUCACGGAUACAGAGAUCUCACUGCGCUGGGAUUUGCCCAAGGGCGAGUACAAUGACUUCGAUAUCGCCUACCUUACGGCGGACAAUCUGUUGGCUCAGAAUAUGACCACCAAGAAUGAGAUCACCAUCAGUGACCUGCGACCUCACAGGAACUACACAUUCACCGUGGUGGUUCGUUCCGGCACUGAAUCGUCGGUGCUGAGGAGCAGUUCACCAUUAUCCGCUAGCUUUACGACCAAUGAAGCGGUGCCAGGGCGAGUUGAACGCUUCCAUCCCACGGAUGUCCAGCCGAGCGAGAUCAAUUUCGAGUGGUCGCUGCCAUCCAGUGAGGCAAAUGGCGUCAUCCGCCAGUUCUCGAUAGCCUAUACGAAUAUCAAUAACCUCACGGAUGCGGGCAUGCAGGACUUUGAGUCGGAGGAGGCAUUCGGUGUGAUCAAGAAUCUAAAGCCCGGCGAGACGUAUGUGUUCAAGAUUCAGGCCAAGACUGCCAUCGGUUUCGGUCCGGAGCGGGAGUACCGGCAAACGAUGCCGAUACUGGCACCACCACGUCCUGCCACCCAAGUGGUGCCCACCGAGGUCUAUCGCAGCUCAUCGACCAUCCAGAUUCGAUUUAGGAAGAACUACUUCUCGGAUCAAAACGGCCAGGUGCGCAUGUACACGAUCAUCGUGGCCGAGGAUGAUGCCAAGAAUGCCUCCGGCCUGGAGAUGCCCAGCUGGCUGGAUGUGCAGUCGUACAGCGUUUGGCUGCCCUAUCAGGCCAUAGAUCCGUACUAUCCAUUCGAGAACCGAUCCGUGGAGGACUUUACCAUCGGCACGGAGAACUGUGACAAUCACAAGAUCGGCUACUGCAACGGACCACUGAAAUCGGGAACCACCUACCGGGUGAAGGUGCGGGCGUUCACCGGAGCGGAUAAGUUCACGGAUACCGCCUACAGUUUUCCCAUUCAGACAGAAAUGCUAAGUUCGCCGGAUCAAGACAACACCUCACUGAUUGUGGCCAUUACGGUGCCGCUAACUAUCAUCUUGGUGCUCCUGGUGACGCUUUUGUUCUACAAACGACGACGCAACAAUUGCCGCAAGACGACCAAGGAUUCGAGGGCCAACGACAAUAUGUCCCUGCCGGAUAGCGUAAUCGAGCAGAAUCGCCCCAUUCUGAUCAAGAACUUUGCGGAGCACUAUCGCCUGAUGUCCGCCGACUCGGACUUCCGUUUCAGCGAGGAAUUCGAGGAACUGAAGCACGUGGGCCGGGAUCAGCCGUGCACUUUUGCCGAUCUGCCCUGCAAUCGUCCGAAGAACAGAUUCACCAAUAUACUGCCCUACGAUCACUCACGUUUCAAGCUUCAGCCGGUGGACGAUGAUGAGGGCAGUGAUUACAUCAAUGCCAACUACGUGCCGGGUCACAAUUCACCGCGCGAGUUCAUCGUGACCCAGGGACCAUUGCAUUCGACUCGCGAUGACUUCUGGCGAAUGUGCUGGGAGAGCAACUCGCGGGCCAUAGUCAUGCUGACCAGGUGCUUCGAGAAGGGGCGCGAGAAGUGCGACCAGUAUUGGCCAAAUGAUACGGUGCCCGUCUUCUACGGGGACAUCAAGGUGCAGAUACUCAACGACAGUCACUAUGCCGACUGGGUGAUGACCGAGUUCAUGCUGUGCAGGGGCAGCGAACAGCGCAUCCUGCGGCACUUCCAUUUCACCACCUGGCCGGACUUCGGUGUUCCCAAUCCGCCACAGACACUGGUGCGCUUCGUGCGCGCCUUCCGCGAUCGAAUUGGUGCGGAACAGCGACCCAUUGUGGUCCACUGUAGCGCCGGAGUGGGAAGGUCGGGCACCUUCAUCACCCUGGAUCGCAUCCUGCAGCAGAUCAACACGUCUGACUAUGUGGACAUAUUUGGCAUUGUGUAUGCCAUGCGCAAGGAGCGCGUUUGGAUGGUGCAGACGGAGCAGCAGUACAUCUGCAUCCACCAGUGCCUGCUGGCGGUGCUCGAGGGGAAGGAGAACAUCGUGGGUCCCGCUCGCGAGAUGCACGACAACGAGGGCUAUGAAGAUGACGAGGGCAUUGCAGAGUCGGGCAUGUAAAGCCAUUCCAAAACCCAAUACUCCAGCCAAUCCAAGCCAGCCAAGCAACCAACCAACUGAACUCAACUCAACCGAAUGGAAACCCAACCCAACCCAACCCAACAGAACCCAACCAUCUUGUGGCAACUACAUUAUUAUUUACUUAAGGGACGAAGUGCGGAGGGAGCGCGGAGGAGGAUCAACGCUUGAUAUUAUACUUGGAUAUAUGUGUACUACACUGGAUACUACUGGAUAUAUAUAUAUAUACUCUACACCGCGAUCUAUCGAAUGGGAAUGCAGCAAUCUCGCCAAACAGAACGAACACGCAUCAAUUUAUACAUUUUAUAUAUAUAUAUAAAUAUAUAUAUCUAAGAUAUCGAGGAAUCGGCGUACAAUGUAACCGCAAUUGCCGCUUCACACCGACGGCAAUACUAAAUACUGGAAUACUGAUUGUAUUUUUACGCUAGCCACAAUUUGAUAUAAACUAUAUAUCUUCCAAUUUUUUUGUACACCUAAUGUUAGUUGAAAUAUGUGAGCGAGACGAGCAAAUUUUGUAGCAAACUAAAAGCGCUAAAUGUUUACUUUUUUAUAUUAUUAUAUAUAUAAAUACUUGAUAAACAUAUACCUAAUAUUAGACCUAAACUAAACUAACUAUAAAUCGCACACACUCAUACACUCACACAAAAACACAAUGCAAUAAUUGAGUUACAUAGUUUUAAACAAAUGUUAAAACAUUUUGCUGCAACCGUCGGAGAUGUAGUGUACAAUUUUUAGUUUCUCGUAUUAUUUUUUUUUAUGUCUGUUUUGUGUUUAAUUUUUUGUAACUUUUUACAAAGCGUAAACUGUGUAUGUAUGUGCUACAUUGAUUUUUGUUUAAUUAUAUCAAGUUUUUAUUUAAAAAAUCGAACACCACCUUGCAUUCUCCUCAUUUGAACUUGGCGCUCACACUUAUUACUUAUAUAGGUCGAAUACAGCGGGCGCUGGAGGUCAAUCCAAUCAGCAGAAAGUAAUGCAAAACACCGAAGUUAAUGUUUAAACAUAAACACACAAAGUGAAAAGGGUCGUGUUUCCAUAUUCACUUGUUUUUAUCGGCAUGCGAUUUUACUCACAGCGAAAAGAGCUUAAGACUCCAGCUUUUAACAAUUCAGCAAGCUUGAAUCGAUAAAAUUGUUGUAUAUAUUAAAUAGUUUAACACUGUGUAAUUUUAUUUAUCCUAGCUCGAUUCCAAGUGCUUGCCCAAAUGAUCAUUUAAAUUUGCUAACCCAAAAGAACUUAUUUAUUGGUUUAUUUAGACAAAACUGAAAUGAAGUGCAUAUGGAAACGCAACUCACAAACAGACAGCACAAAUAGAACAACAGGAACAAAUGACCAACGCAUUUCGAAAGGCGAUAAUCAUUUACACGAAAAACCAAUAUAAUUAAACAGAAUCCCACGCAAACUGAAGACUAACUAACAACCAAGUUAAGAAGGGCUAGUUAAUGGAGCCGGUGCCAAAGCAAAAA